AUGGCCCCUCGAGGGAAGCAAAAGCUUGUCCAGUCGAUAGGCGACAGCCAUAGACCAAAGAACCCUCCAACACCAGACUGGCCACCUCUGAAUCCGCUAGUCCCAGCAGAGCACCUCUCUAUCGAGACGCUGGUGGCGGGGCAAAUUCUGGUGAUUCGGAAUCUAUUCACCUCGAGCCUAUGCAAGAACUAUGUAUCUUUUCUGUCCUCCUUACCCUUAACCACGACACCAGGGAAGCCGAAACGCGGAGAGGCCAUCCGAGUCAAUGAUCGUUUCCAGGUCCAAGACGCCCUUUUUGCCCAAAUGCUCUGGGAGCGAAGCGGGCUUCAGCACCUGGUUGAGUCGUUUGAAGGCAGAGGGAUCUUUGAGGGCCAAGUACUGGGAUUAAACCCAAAUAUCAGAGUGUACCGGUAUCGACCGGGCCAAUUCUUCGACAAGCACUAUGAUGAAAGUAAUAAAUUACAAUUUGGCGAGGACAAGUUGCCUGCCAAAACAACCUGGACGCUUCUGAUCUAUCUUACAAACUGCGAAGGUGGCGAGACUGCUUUCUACCCUGAGGCUUUCAAGAAGGGUCAGAUGACACCGGAACCCAUCGUGGUUGGACUGGAGACUGGAAUGGCGCUGCUGCACAAGCACGGCGAUGAUUGUUUGCUCCACGAAGGCAAGGAGGUUAAGAGUGGCGAGAAGUGGGUUUUGAGGAGCGAUCUUGUUGUACAAAGGUAA